AUGGCCGAAGUACAAAAACAGCUCCAGGGCCUCUCGGAGGAAUUCCAGAAGCUGCAAACCGAACUCGAAGGAUAUGUCGACGCCCGUCAGAAACUCGAGUCGCAGGAGCAGGAAAACCAGGGUGUUCAGGAUGAAUUCGCCUCGCUGAACGAAGAAUCCAACAUCUACAAGCUCGUCGGGCCGGUUUUGUUGAAGCAGGAUAAAACCGAGGCUGUCAUGGCCGUCAAUGGCCGUCUGGAGUUUAUCGAGAAGGAAAUCAAACGGAUCGAAAGACAAAUCCAGGAAACCGAAGAGAAGGCCGAUAAGAAACGGACAGAGAUCAUCCAAUUCCAAACCAACAUCCAGCAACAAGCCGCUGCCGCUUCCGCU